CUCAGCAGCCAUAACACCGUCACAUCAGGGUUUUCCGUCGGUCUGCGCGGAUUUGGUCGACUUAUAUAUUUAAUUACUCAUUAUAUAAUACACACCGACUUAAAAGACACACACUCGCACACGCCGAUCGUCCUCAGCCUCCUAGCGCACCCAAUACACCCGUCCUCCUGAUAGACUUGAAGUGACAGCACUGACCUGGAUAACCGCUGAGCCUGUGUCCCACACUGAGGCUGGCCUGUCCAAGAAGACGGACUCACAAAUACACCAGCGGACAGACAGCGGUGUCAGCAGUCCAGCAGCAGCCUGCGGCUCAAGGAGUAGCAGCAGCAUCCAACACUGCAUCCACACCAUCUUCACCCAUCCUUCUCCUCUUCCUUGUCACAUCUGACAUGGCAGACCCCAGCCUCACGUCGCCCUCAGGGACGCCCUUGCGCUCCCCCAACAGCUCUCUCACCCUCUCCUUCCCCUUCUUGAGGGAGGGGAGUCGGGUAUGGGAGGAAGGCAAGGAACCGCCGCUGCCUCGGGAUUUGCCCAGCCCGUUGCCAACCAAACGCACCCGCACCUACUCAGCUACGGUGCGUGCUCAAUCCGGUCCUGUGUUUAAGGGUGUGUGUAAGAACUUCUCCAGGUCACAAGGUCACGGCUUCCUCCGACCCUCCCACGGCGGCGAAGACAUCUUUGUUCACAUCUCAGACAUCGAGGGGGAGUAUGUCCCAGUUGAGGGCGACGAGGUCACAUACAAAGUGAGCCGGGUCCCGCCAAAGAACCUGAAGGUACAGGCGGUGGAGGUCAAGAUCACACAUCUCAACCCAGGGACGAAACACGAGACCUGGUCGGGGCAGAUCAUCAGCUCGUAGACCUGAGCUCCGGGGCCGGGUGGGUCGUGCUGGGCAGGGCUGGGUGGUGGAUGACAGACCUGUUGUGGGCCUGAUAACUUACAUUUCUGUGCUCAAAUCUUUUUUUGAAAAACAUGUUUUACCUACAGAGCUAAGUGUCCAGAGUUAAUAAGUUUCGAUAAUUAUGUUGUAGUAGGUGUUGACAGUCCACUCACAGAGCUGUUAGUCUGUUCAAAACUGCCUGUCUGAUACGAUGAUAUGAUGCAUUUGUGGAGUAUGUGAAACUGACCAUUUAUUCAUUGUAGGAAAAAGACACAUUUGUUUUUACGCAUUUGUAUUUUUGUCAUGACAUCAGUAAUAAAAGUCUGAUUUUAGAUGGGAGGUUAAAGUGACCAACGGGGGAUGAAACUUCUAAACUGGGAAGAACUUGUGGGCCUUAUUUUUCAUGGAGAUCAGCUGUGUAAAGUAUGAAACAUUGGGAAAUAUGUAUACAAAACUGUGGUGCAGACCUGCAAAUUGAGGCAUGAGUGUAUGUGUAAGGAGGAGAGCAACGUAGGACAAAAGGCUGAAUUCAGUUUUACUUCCCUUCUUUGCAGCUGUUAAGCACUUGUUUACACAGAAAGUUUCCAGGAUCACAUGUUGCGUACAAGUGUGGGUCAGAUGACUUGUUAUCACAACCUACACUGUUUUUACAUAAAUUGCAGACUUUGGAAAGACGGGAGGAAGCUUUGAAUUCAGCAACAGAGAUAACUGAUAUAAAAGCAAAGAGUUUAGGGAAUAGAAAGUGUGAAGGAAAGUUGAAAUGGCAGGUCGACAAUCCUUUGAGAAGAAAAUCACAGCUGGUUUUGCAUUGAAACUCAAAUGAAAUCUAUACAGUAAUCAAAAAACAUAAAUAUAAAGCAAAUAUUUGCACCCUUGACAGGGACUUUUGGGUUUCAGGUCACCAGGUUAGAAACCAGAGACAAAAAAGAGGAAGUUUUAUUUUGAAAUGGAGAUGGGAAUGUACUUGGUUGCAGUGAGAGUUAGUGGGAAAUCAGCAAUUAAGUUUGUCUUAGAAAAAGCCUGAAGGGAGACAAGGAUUAAAUCAGGCAGAUCACAUUAAACCAAGCACAGACAUCUCAAAAACAUAAAUAAAAUACAUACUUUAAUGUGAAUGGGAAGUAAUUUUCCUGAAAAAUGCAAAUCCUUGGUUGUACUGUCUUGUUUGUGGUUAUUUAUUUUAAUUGUAUAUCUGAUGAUUUAUUCAGAUUUGCAUGUGCCCUGAGAUUGCAAGAUCUAUAUUUUGGGUAAAGCAGUCAAAACUUGCACUUAAAAAAUUUGAACUUCCCCUAUGAAAACUGCCACAGCGCUCCAGACAAUUGAGGUUUUUCUCACUUUGCUGUUCUGUUUGAAAAUUCCCUUUUUUAGAGCGUCUGGAGCAUGAAUUUCUAAAACUAAUGUUGUUUGUAGUUAUUCAGGUUUUCCUCAGCUGUGCUGUACUGUAUGUCAUUUUCUCGGAGUUUAUCUGGUCUAGUGUCCCUGCCUGAAUAUGUUCAAAAUUUAAUUUGGUUUCUUUCAGUCACAUCAAAGGGCACUUUCUUUUGUAGACGAGCCACUGUGGUGCUGAUCCACAUCAUUACUUCUGCUGAGCCUCGAAAGACCAUUAAAGCAUUUUAUGAUUCACUGA